UUGGUUUUGGUAGUGACAGCUGAUUUAUAAUUUUGCAAUAAUUUCCAUGUAGCAAGUGAACCCGUAACUAGAUUCUGUUAAUAUAGAAUUUUAUUUUGUGAUCCUGUACUAUUUGUCGUGGAAAAUAUAUCAGUUUUAAAAUGCCUCGUUUUCAUACAGUGGAAAUAAAUAAGACCGAAUGGAUCGUACCAGAACGUUAUCAGAUGCUUACACCUGUGGGCUCAGGCGCGUACGGUCAAGUAUGUUCUGCCAUAGACACGGUGCACAAUAUGAAAGUUGCAAUUAAGAAGUUAGCUCGCCCAUAUCAAUCUGCAGUUCAUGCUAAACGAACUUACCGUGAACUUCGUAUGUUAAAACAUAUGAAUCACGAGAAUGUUAUUGGACUACUGGAUGUCUUCACACCAGAAAAAAAUUUAGAAGAUUUUAAUCAAGUUUAUCUGGUUACACAUCUGAUGGGAGCUGACCUAAACAAUAUUGUUCGAACACAGAAAUUGUCAGAUGAUCAUGUACAGUUCCUUGUAUAUCAAAUACUAAGAGGUCUUAAGUACAUCCAUUCAGCAGGAAUAAUUCAUAGAGAUCUCAAACCAUCAAACAUUGCUGUCAAUGAAGACUGUGAACUAAAGAUUCUGGACUUUGGCUUGGCUCGGCCCACUGAAACUGAAAUGACUGGUUAUGUGGCCACUAGAUGGUACAGAGCUCCUGAAAUUAUGCUUAAUUGGAUGCAUUAUAACCAAACUGUUGACAUAUGGUCUGUGGGUUGUAUUAUGGCUGAAUUACUUACAAGCAGGACUCUCUUUCCUGGUACAGACCAUAUUGACCAUCUCACAAGAAUAUUAUUUUUAUGUGGGAAACCCGACCAAGAGACUAUAGACAAAAUUUUAAGUGAAGAGGCUCGCAAUUAUAUACAAUCGUUACCAACAUUAAAACGCCGCGAUUUCCGUGAAGUUUUUCGUGGUGCAAACCCUCUUGCGAUCAAUUUACUAGAGCUUAUGCUGGAGUUGGAUGCUGACAAGCGUAUAACUGCCGAACAAGCGCUCGCGCAUGAGUACUUAACGCAGUACGCGGAUCCAAGCGAUGAGCCGGUGUCGGCACCCUAUGACCAGAGUUUUGAAGAUAUGGACUUGCCUGUUGAGAAAUGGAAGGAAUUGGUUUGGAAUGAAGUGAUCGAGUUCAAACCUCACCCGCAGCACAUGAAUACUGUAGUUGAGGUCAACCCUUCUUAAACAUUUUAGUUCUAUAUACCGGGACCCUUACACAAACCUGUUAUUUUCAUAGAAAUAAAAAAUAAUUUUCGCUAUA